AUGCGUGUGGUUGGGUCGCAGCUUUUAGGCAGAACCCAUGUCGGAGGUGGUUGGAUCAACCCCCCCGCCGCCGCAGCUAUGCUGCUGCUCCUGUGUCUUGGCCUCCUUCCUGCCGUGGCCGCUUGCCCGCCCUGCUGCCUUUGCGCCAGCGACAUCGUUUCCUGCAGCGGCCGCAAUCUGUCCUCGCCGCCCUCCGCUCUGCCCGGCUACGCCACCCGGCUGGACCUGAGCCACAACGCCCUCCGUGCCCUGCGCGCUGAUUGGAUUUCCCGGCCGUUUGACCGGCUCUCGACGCUCGUCCUCAGCAAGAACUCCAUUAGCCAAAUAGAGGAGGCAACCUUCGCCGUGACACCUCACCUCCUCCACCUGGACCUCUCGUCCAACCGGCUGACGGAGCUGAAUACGUCCGUCUUCGCCGGACUGAGGGAACUGAGAGAGUUGCUGCUGAUCGACAACCAGAUCGCUCAGAUAGAGCCGGGGGCCUUUGGCGACCUGACUAGCCUCCAGAGGCUGUAUCUUUCCGCAAACAGGCUCACGGCCUUCCCCCUGGAGCUUUACGAGGAGUCCCGCGGGCCUCGUAAUCUCACCUUCCUCGACCUGUCACACAACAGACUUUCCACGGUGCCCGUCCAGAACCUGCUGUCUCUGACCCACAGAGGAGGGAUUUAUUUGCAGCAAAACCCACUGGUCUGCGACUGUGCCCUUGCGGCCUUGCUGGAGUACUGGGCUUUGAAACAGCACCGUCCUCUGAUAGAUUUCCGAGGCGAAUAUCCAUGUAGAGACCAAGGAGAACUGGAGGGUAAUUGCACAAGUCAGAGGGUUUCGGACAUUCCCCCUGAGGCGCGGACCUAUCAAACCGAGCCCGGCGAGUGGCUCAGAGUGCCGUGCCCGGGGCUGACGAUACCCAUUCCGGAAGGGCAGGUUGUUUUCUGGGUUACUCCCAGAUCGAUCGUAAAUUCGUCCACCAGCGAUCUGAGCUCUCACUUAUCAGUUCUUCCCAACGGCACCCUCGAAAUCCAAGACGCUUUAAUUGAAGAUUCGGGCACCUACGAGUGCGUGGUGGCCCGGGGGCACUACCGGGAGCCCAGGGACUCUCUGGAGGUCAGGGUGGUAAUUGGAAACUCCAGCGUCUCCCCCACCAGCGGCCUGGCCCACCGGAGCAGCUCGGAGCACUUCAACACCGCCUUCACCACCCUGGCUUCGUGCGUGAUCAGCAUAGUGCUAGUGCUGCUGUACCUCUACCUCACCCCCUGCCGGUGUCGGGAGAGCAGGGACGGGGGGUGCGGCGGGCGGGCCAUUCUCCUCUGCUCGGACCCCAGGGAGGUGGAGUCCGGACAGCGGAGGUCCAACGGAAAGAGGGUGGCUUUCCUGGAGCCUCACGUGGAGGACUCUGAUACGAGCGGCCCCAAAACACCUGCAAUAAACUUGGAUCCCCCCUCGACUGAGGGAAUUCUGAAGAAUGGAAGUAGGGCAGUGGGACAGACCCUCACAGACCCUUCUUAUAUAUAG